AGCGUAGUCAACCACCCACCGCAGGAGACUGGGGGAAUGUUACACUUUCCUGGAUACACAAUCAUCAUUGUAGGGAUAUUGAUACGCACCGGACAUACAUUUAUUGGAUCUCAGCGGCAAAGAUUGGAUUAUUUUACGGACUGAAAAACCUUAUUGAAGUUUUAGUUCACAUGUUUCAGCGCUUGUUUUAUCAGAGUGGCUGAAGACUCAAGGAACCAGUAAUGGACCAGAACCUGUUUGGAGGGGCCCCCAGAUUCCUCACGCGGCCCAAAGCAUUUGCAGUGUGUGUGGGCAAGGAUGCCACUCUAAGCUGCACCAUCGUGGGCAACCCCACCCUACUGAUUACCUGGGAAAAGGAGAAGCUACGUCUGACCUCCGGGGGCCGCUUCAAGACGGUGGAUGAUGGUAAUGUCUACCGCCUCACUAUCUACGAUCUAACCCUGGAAGACAGCGGCCAGUACAUGUGCCGGGCCAAGAACAACGUCGGGGAGGCAUACGCAUGUGUAACCCUUCAUGUAGGCCUUCCACAGGAGAUGGUGGACAGGGCCCCCGUCUUCAUGGUCAAGCCUACCUCUGCACGUGUGAGCCUGGGGGGCGAUGUGGUCUUCCACUGCCGGGUUGCUGCUUACCCAGAGCCCAAAUUUGACUGGGAUAAGGACGGGCGUUACCUAGCCGAGACAAACCGCAUCAAGGUGUCCUCGGAUGGCGACAGCAGCUCCCUGAGGAUCCAGAGCGUGCGCAGCCUAGACAGCGGCACGUAUACCUGCCGUGCCCAGAACUCGGUGGGCCGCUCGAACUCUGCCGCCGCCUUGGUCAUAGACACCCAGGACUCCCGUCACCUGGGCCAGGACAAGAGCACCUCCCUCCUCUCCCACAUGCAGAAGCGUAAAGAAGGGAUCUCCAUCUACCGCACAGCAGAGACCCGCAGCUCCUCUCACAACUCCACCACCACCUCGUCCACGGCCACCACUAUGGUCACAGACGGGCUGAGCGCUCUGGGUCUGGACCACGGCAGCGCAGCACUGGUCAGCCAGCUACCCAAAAGCGUCUUCACCCGCACCUGCACGGUGACUGAGGGCAAGCAUGCCAAGCUCAGCUGCUUCGUGACGGGUCACCCCAAGCCUCAUAUCAUCUGGAGGAAGGAUGGGGGGAACAUCGGCGAGGGACGAAGGCACAUCAUGUAUGAGGACCAGGCCGAGAAUUUCAUCCUCAAGAUCCUGUACUGCAAGCAGAGCGACAACGGCCUGUACACCUGUAAUGCCUCCAACAUGGCUGGACAAACCUACAGCGCUGUGCUGGUGAUUGUUAAAGAGCCCAAGGUGCCGUUCAGGAGGAAGCUGCAGGAUGUGGAGGUCCAGGAGAAGAUGACGGCCAUGCUGCUGUGUGAGGUGCCCGUUUCGGCUAGCCAGGCCAGCUGGUUCAUGGAGGAGACACGUCUGGAGGACAGCUCCAAGUACUGCAUGGAGGAGGAGGGGACCAUGCGUCGCCUCACCAUCCGCAAUGUCACCACUAAUGAUGAUGCAGUCUACAUCUGCGAGAUGAAGGAGGGGAGCCGCACCGUAGCCGAGCUCACUGUGCUGGGGAACAUCACUAAGAAGCUUCCCAGGAGGACUGUAGUGUCGGUGAGUGAUACAGUGAUCUUCUGCGUGGAGCUGGAGCACCCCUGUUCUGACGCCUACUGGACGCGCAACGGCGAGCGCCUGAAGCCGGACACACGGAUAUCCAUUGCGUGCACCCUCAGACAGUACACGCUAACCAUCAGCCACUGCCAGGCCGACGACUCAGGAGAGGUGGCUUUUGUGGCUGGAGACUGCAAGACCUCCACACGAUUCUCAGUCGCGGCUGCCAGAAAGCACCCUCCAGAUCCCCCUAUCGACGUGGUGGUGCGUAGCAAGACCGACUCGUCCAUCACCCUCCACUGGUCCCCCCCAGACAGUGACCGCCCCGUGCCCAUCAAAGGGUACAUGGUAGAGAGGAGGAAGGUGGGUGCCCAGACCUGGCAGAGGUGCAACGGCAUGGAGGUCAGCCCCUUUACUGAGAUCACGAUCCAGAAUAUCACAGAGGAGGCCAGCUACCAGUUCCGCAUCUCCGCAGUCAACGACUACGGCCAGAGCCAGUAUAUGGAGGUGCCUGGGACCUUCUACCUCGAGCCCUCUGCAGAGGUGAAGACAGGCCUGAUGAACAGCACAGUCAUCUCAGGCGAGGAGGCCUCCCUCUCCGUGGACCUGUCUGCCGUGUGCUCUGGCUCCUGGUCUAUCAACGGCCGCCUCCUGCGGAGUGGGGCUGACUACCUCAUCACACGCCAAAAGACCACACAUACGCUGACGAUCCGAACCGUCUCGAUGGAGAUGAAUGGAGUCGCGGUCAAAUUUGUGGGCGGUGGCUCCGAGAGCACUUGUAUACUCCACGUGAAGGCUCCAGCUGUCCGGUUCACCAGUAAGUCCGCUCACACCGAGGUGGUGACCUGCAGCGCCCAGUCCUCCGCCCAGCUGACCACAGAGGUGUCCGAUUAUGAUGCUCAGGUGGUCUGGAUGAAGAAUGGACGGGAGCUGAAGGUGGGCAAGAAGUAUGAGUGCAUGUGCACCGACCGCAAGAGGAUCCUGAUGGUGCACAACGUCACCGAAGAGGACACGGGCAUCUAUGAGUGUGUCUUAAACGAAGACCGAAUGUCCCUGCAGCUUUCUCUAAAAGAUGAAGCCAAGUUCCUGAACAAGCCCAGGGGUCCCAUGGAGGUGGCGCCUGCCCUCAGCGGGGACCUGGAGUUGAACUGCGAGGUGUCGUCUGCAAGCGGGGUGGUGGUGUGGAGGAAGGAUCAGACACUGGUCACUGAGGACCAAAGAACCACCGUCGUCUCCAAAGGGACACAGAGGAGACUGGUCAUCAAGAAUGCCAAGAAGAGUGACGAGGGACACUACUCCUGCGAGACAGUCGAGGACAAAGUCACAUUCCAGGUCAAGAUCAAAGAAGCCCAACAGGCAGUCUUCUACAACAAGGAGUCUGUACAGAAGGAGGUGAAAGUUACUCUCUCCCAGAAAGCCACUCUGAGCUGUGAAGUGUCCGACCCAAAGACUGAGGUGAAAUGGUACAAGGACGGCAAGCUGCUGACUUCCACUGAGACAGUCGCCACGGAGACAAAGGGCAGGAGUCGUCUGUUGGUAGUAGACAAAAUUGAGAAGAAGGAUGCUGGAGAAUACACCUGUGAGGCUAGAGCAGAGAAGCUGGUCUUUAAAAUACAUGUCUCAGAAACCCAACAGUCUGCCUUCACCAACAAGGAGUUUGUACAGGAGGUGAAAGCUACUCUUUCCCAGAAAGCCACUCUGAGCUGUGAGGUGUCUGAUACCAAGACAGAGGUGAAAUGGUACAAGGAUGGCAAGCUGCUGACUUCCAGUAAGACAGUCUCCAUGGAGACAAAGGGCAAGACUCGUCAGCUGGUAAUAGAGAAGGUGGAGAAGAAGGAUGCUGGAGAGUACACCUGUGAGGUUGGAGUGGAGAAACUGAUCUAUAAGAUUCAGGUGACAGAAGCCCAGGCUGUCUUCACCAACAAGGAGUCUGUACAGAAGGAGGUGAAAGCUACUCUCUCCCAGAAAGCCACUCUGAGCUGUGAGGUGUCUGAUACCAAGACGGAGGUGAAAUGGUACAAGGAUGGCAAGCUGCUGACUUCCAGUAAGACAGUCUCCAUGGAGACAAAGGGCAAGACUCGUCAGCUGGUGAUAGAGAAGGUGGAGAAGAAGGAUGCUGGAGAGUACACCUGUGAGGUUGGAGCGGAGAAACUGGUUUAUAAGAUUCAGGUGGCAGAAGCACAACAGGCUGCCUUCACCAACAAGGACUCUGUACAGAAAGAGGUGAAAGCUACUCUCUCCCAAAAAGCCACUCUGAGCUGUGAGGUGUCUGAUACCAAGGCAGAGGUGAAAUGGUACAAGGAUGGCAAGCUGCUGACUUCCAGUAAGACAGUCUCCAUGGAGACAAAGGGCAAGACUCGUCAGCUGGUGAUAGAGAAGGUGGAGAAGAAGGAUGGUGGAGUGUACACCUGUGAGGUGGGAACAGAAAAGCUGGCCUACAAGAUACACGUGACUGGAGAAACUCAGGCUGCCUUCUACAACAAGGAGUCUGUACAGAAGGAGGUGAAAGCUACUCUCUCCCAGAAAGCCACUCUGACCUGUGAGGUGUCUGAUAACAAGACAGAGGUGAAAUGGUACAAGGAUGGCAAGCUGCUGACUUCCAGUAAGACAGUCUCCAUGGAGACAAAGGGCAAGACUCGUCAGCUGGUGAUAGAGAAGGUGGAGAAGAAGGAUGCUGGAGAGUACACCUGUGAGGUUGGAGCGGAGAAACUGGCCUUCAGGAUUCAUACGGCAGAAACUCAAGCGGCUUUCUCCAACAAGGAGUCUGUACAGAAGGAGGUGAAAGCUACUCUCUCCCAGAAAGCCACUCUGAGCUGUGAGGUGUCUGAUACCAAGACAGAGGUGAAAUGGUACAAGGAUGGCAAGCUGCUGACUUCCAGUAAGACAGUCCACAUGGAGACAAAGGACAAGACUCGUCAGCUGGUGUUGGACAUUGUGGAGAAGAAGGAUGCUGGCGAGUACACUUGUGAGGUUGGAGCAGAGAAAGUGGCCUUUAAGAUACAGGUGGCAGAGGUCCAGGCUGCCUUCACCAACAAGGAGUCUGUACAGAAGGAGGUGAAAGCUACUCUCUCCCAGAAAGCCACUCUGAGCUGUGAGGUGUCUGAUACCAAGACAGAGGUUAAAUGGUACAAGGAUGGCAAGCUGCUGACUUCCAGUAAGACAGUCUCCAUGGAGACAAAGGGCAAGACUCGUCAGCUGGUGAUAGAGAAGGUGGAGAAGAAGGAUGCUGGAGAGUACACCUGUGAGGUUGGAGCAGAGAAACUGGCCUUCAGGAUACAGGUGGCAGAGACUACCUUCUCCAACAAGGAGUCUGUACAGAAGGAGGUGAAAGCUACUCUCUCCCAGAAAGCCACUCUGAGAUGUGAGGUGUCUGAUACCGAGACAGAGGUGAAAUGGUACAAGGAUGGCAAGCUGCUGACUUCCAGUAAGACAGUCUCCAUGGAGACAAAGGGCAAGACUCGUCAGCUGGUGAUAGAGAAGGUGGAGAAGAAGGAUGCUGGAGAGUACACCUGUGAGGUUGGAGCGGAGAAACUGGCCUUCAGGAUAGAGGUGGCAGAAUCCUCUGCCAAGUUUAAAAAAACGGCAGUGAAGAGUGCAUGCAGUGUUCAAGCAAGUGAGAAGAUUGUUUUGACCACUGAGUUGACUUCGGAGAGUGCCAGCGUUAAGUGGUUCAGGGACGGUGUGGAGUUGAAGGAGAGCUCUAAGUAUGACAUGAAGAGAGAGGGACAUUCUCGUACCCUGAUUGUGAAGUCCACUGAAGUCAAAGACAGUGGCACCUACUCUUGCCACACUGCUGACGACAAGCUUGAGUUCAAAGUUCAAGUCAAAGACUCACUGCUGAAGUUUGUGGUACAGUUGCAGCCUGUAACCACAGAGCUGGGUGGUACACUGACACUGACCUGUGAAAUGAACCGAGCCUUAGGGGACGUGCUCUGGCGCCACAACAGCUGUGAGGUCAAACCCGGCGGCAGGUUCUGUAUCAGCACUGAUGGUCCCAAGCGGGUCCUUACUGUGACAGGAAUGGCAAAAGAGGAUGAGGGAGAAUACAGCUGUGAAUGCAAAGAUGAUAAGACCUCUGCCAAGGUCUCCACCAAAGCACCCAGACUGGUGAAGCUGACUUCCAAGCUGAGCAACGUCGCUGCUGUGGAGGGGAAGGAGGCCAUCUUCAAGUGUAGUGUCACCCCAGCUGACGUCAACGUGAAAUGGUUCUGCAACAACGUGCCCAUCACUGCAGGGCCCAAAUAUAAGAUUGAGCAUGGGGGCACCAGCCACUCCCUCACAGUCACCUCAGUCAGUCAGGAUGAUGCUCAAGAGAUCAGCAUUGAUGCAGAGGGCAAAACCUGCAGUGCUACCCUCCAAGUGCAACUGGAGCCGGUGAUGUUCAAGAAGAAGCUGGAGAAUGUGAUGGCGGUGGAGGAACAGAAGGAGGUGAAGCUGGAGGUAGAGCUGAGUAAGCCCUCUAAAGAGGUCAGGUGGAUGAAGAACAGCGUGGUGCUACAGCCUGGAGGCAACAUGGAGAUCAGGGUGGACGGAGCCAAGCAGACCCUGGUCUUUAAGAGUGUGACUACGGCCGACCGUGGCUACUACUCCUGUGAGACCCUGGACGACAAGACCCAGGCCAAACUCACAGUGGAUGUGAAGAAGAUUGAGGUGGUGAACGGCCUGCUGCCGGAGGUCAAGGCCCAUGAGAAGGAGACAGUGACCCUUGAGGUGGAGCUCAGCCAGGCUGACGUGGAGGGCUCCUGGACCAGGGACAGCGUCAAGCUCAAGGCAGGGUCCAACUGCCGCAUCACAGCCCUGGGAAAGAAGCACGCCCUCACACUAUCCCAAAUUAAGAUGGAGGACGCGGGAACAAUUGCUUUCCAAGCAGAGGGAGUCAAAACUUCUGCCAAACUCAUUGUUACAGAACCUGCGGCUAUGAUCUCUAAACCCAUGGAGGAUGUCAAAGCCCCAGAGAAGGAGAAGGCUACGCUUGAGUGUGAGGUGUCCAGAACUAACGCUGAGGUCAAGUGGUUCAAGGGUGACAUGGAACUGAAACCAGGAAAGAACUUUCGCAUCCACUCCCAGGGGCGCACACGCAGCCUGCUAAUCCACAAAUGUUCCCAAGAGGAUGAGGGCACAUACGUCUGCCAAACGUCUGAUGACAACACGUCAGCUAAACUCACUAUUCACGCCCGAGACAUUAAAAUAGUGAAGAGGCUUGAGGACGUGGAGGUGAUGGAGAAGGAGAGCGCUUCGUUCUUCUGUGAGAUCUCUCACGAUGAAGUGGACUGCCAGUGGUUCAAAGGCGACACCAAACUCAAAGUCGGUGACAACAUCAAGAUGAGACAAGAGGGUAAAAUCUAUGUGCUGCUGUUUAAGUCGGUGACCCCAGAAGACAUUGCUGAGAUUAAAUUCACAGCUGAAAAGGCCUCUUCAACAGCCAAACUGACAGUGAAAGAGCUCCCUGUCCAGUUUGUGAAGAAGCUCAGGGAUAAGUUAGCCUUGUAUACACACCGUGGGUUCUUGGAAUGCCAAGUGUCCCGGGCCAGCGCCAAGGUCAAGUGGUACAAGAACAAGAAGGAGAUCAAGCCCAGCAAGAAGCACGAGAUCAGCAGCGAGGCUAUAUACCGCAAACUCACCAUAAACGACGUGGGCUCGGAUGAUGAGGAUACUUACACCUGUGACGCCAUCGACGACAAGACAUCCUGUAAACUUCUUGUGGAAGAGCAGGCCAUCAGCGUCGUACGGGAGCUAAGUGCCGUGGAAGUGACCGAGCCCUUUGCCGCCUUCUUCGAGGUGGAGAUCAACAUCGACUCAGUCAAGCCCCCCAAGUGGACCCUGAAUGGUGUGGCCGUGCAGGAGAGCGCUGACGUGGAGAUGGAGAAGGAGGGCUCCAUGCACCGCCUCACCUUCAAGAAGACCAAGGCCUCCAUGACAGGACCUGUCCAGUUCAUGGCUGGCAAGAGCAAGUCUGUGGCCCAGCUUACUGUCAAAGAGCGUCCUCUUGAGGUGGUAGAGCCCAUGAAAGAUGUGACAGUCAAGGAGAAGGGCUCAGCCACUCUGAGCUGCAAGUUCUCCGCCACACCCAAAGAGGUGAGCUGGUUCAAAGGGCAAACCCUCCUGGAUGCUUCAGACAAGUACAGCCUGAAACAGGACGCUAUGAGGGCUCAGCUGACCAUCCAGAAGCUGACUGGGGAAGACACCGGGGAGUACCGCUGUCAGUCGGCUGCUGCCGAGACCAAAGCCACUCUCACUGUAGAGGUUCGGAAAGUGGAGAUCACCAAACACCUGGUGGACACAGAGGUGGAUGAGGACAGUGAUGCAGUGUUCAUUUGUGAGAUCAACUACACUGAUGAGGAGGUGCAAUGGCUACUCAAUGAAAAAGCACUCUUCUCCAACGAGGUCAACACCAUCACACACGUGGGCAAAGUGCACACGCUCACACUCAAGAAUCUGGCACCUGAGGAUGGGGGCACCAUCAUCUUCAAGGUCAGGGAAAUCAAGGAGGGUGUGACCCUAAAAGUCGAAGAGAAGCGUGCAGUGUUCCUCAAGUCUCUGGAUGACGUAGUGGGAGAGGUGAAAGGUAUGAUCACCCUGGCGUGUGAGGCCUCCAAGCCCAGGGUCUCCCCCGCCUGGAGGAAAGAUGGUAAGCUCCUGACUACUGACUCUAAGUAUGAGGUCCUGCACACAGGCAAGUCCCUGGGUCUGAUCAUCAAGGAUGUUACCAAGGAAGACGCAGGGGAGUACAGCUGCGACCUGGGUACUGAGCUUUCCAAGUCAAAGGUCACUGUGAGAGACCUGAGCAUAGGUAUCACCAAGCAGUUGAAGUCCAUGGAGGCGAUGGAGGGAGAGACAUGUAGCUUUCAGUGUAUUCUGUCACGGGAAAGCACUGACGAGUGUUCCUGGACCUUGAAUGGCCAGACCGUGGCUAACGGAGGACGCUUCCAGGUCUCCAGUACAGGUCGCAAGUACAUGCUGGUUAUCAAGGAUGUGACGCCAGCCGAUGCUGGUGAGGUGGUCUUCAACAUCAAGAACCUGAAUUCCAAGACUACAUUAGCUGUUGAAGGCAAAGCUCAAUCUGUAUCACGGGAGCUGCAGAGCAUUAGUGUAGUCUCAGGGGAUGAUGCUGUGUUCAUCUGUGAGGUCACACAGACCAGGGCCACCGUCCAGUGGGCCAAAGAUGGGAAGGACAUCAGGAAGAGUGAGAAGUAUGAGAUCAGUAAAGAGGAGAGGGUCAUGAAGUUGACCGUCCACAGUGUCACUGUUCAGGACUCUGGGGAAUAUAGCUGUGAGGUUAUCGGAGGGGCCACUACCAAGGCCAAGCUGGAGAUCAAAGAGCCAGUCCACAAGUUUACCAAGGAGCUGAAGGACAGCGAGAUGGAGGAGGAGGGCUCAGUGACCCUGCAGUGUGAGACGGCCCAGCCUGCCUCCAAGGCCGCCUGGUCCAAGGAGGGCGUGGAGCUGAAGGCCGGGGGACGCUAUGAGAUGAGUCAGAAGGAGACCGUCCUCACCCUCACUAUCAAACAGCUGGAGGAGAAAGACAGCGGCACUUACACCUGUGACGUGGGCACUGCCACGAUGAUGGCGAAGGUGACAGUCAAAGCCUUGCCUGCUAGCUUUGAACAAAAGCUGAAGAACCAGCAGGCCAAGGAAGGGGAGAGUGUCACUCUCUGCUCUGUGUUAUCCAAACCUGGGGCCAAGGUUCAGUGGAAGAAAGGCACUGAGCAUCUCAAAGCUGGAGACAAAUAUGAGAUGAAACAAAAAGAUGUCUCCUGCGAGCUUCAGAUAAAGCAUCUGAAUGUUGAGGACAGUGGGGAGUACUCCUGUGAGUGUGGAGACCAGAGGACCACAGCGACUAUAAACGUCAAUGCGUUACCUGUGACCUUCAAACACAAGCUGGAGAGCCAGGAGGCUGAGGAGGGGGGCAAUGUUACCCUGCACUGUGAGCUCUCUAAACCUGGAGUCCCUGUGGAAUGGAGGAAGGGAACACAGGUGCUGAAGUCUGGAGAAAAGUACCAGCUGAAGCAGAAAGAAUCUGUGAGUGAACUCCUGAUCAGCAAAGUAGUACCAGAGGAUAGUGGAGACUACAGCUGUGUGUGUGGAGACCAGAAGACUACAGCCAGCCUCGAGAUUAAGGCCCAACCUGUGACCUUCAAACAAAAGCUAGGGAGCCAGGAGGCUGAGGAGGGGGGCAAUGUUACCCUGCACUGUGAGCUCUCUAAACCUGGAGUCCCUGUGGAAUGGAGGAAGGGAACACAGGUGCUGAAAUCUGGAGAAAAGUACCAGCUGAAGCAGAAGGAAUCUGUGAGUGAACUCCUUAUCAGCAAAGUAGUACCAGAGGACAGUGGAGACUACAGCUGUGUGUGUGGAGACCAGAAGACUACAGCCAGUCUCAAGAUUAAGGCCCAACUUGUGACCUUCAAACACAAACUGGAGAGCCAGGAGGCUGAGGAGGGGGGCAAUGUUACCCUGCACUGUGAGCUCUCUAAACCUGGAGUCCCUGUGGAAUGGAGGAAGGGAACACAGGUGCUGAAGUCUGGAGAAAAGUACCAGCUGAAGCAGAAAGAAUCUGUGAGUGAACUCCUGAUCAGCAAAGUACUACCAGAGGACAGUGGAGACUACAGCUGUGUGUGUGGAGACCAGAAGACUACAGCCAGCCUCGAGAUUAAGGCCCAACCUGUUACAUUCAAACAAAAGCUAGGGAGCCAGGAGGCUGAGGAGGGGGGCAGUGUUACCCUGCACUGUGAGCUCUCUAAACCUGGAGUCCCUGUGGAAUGGAGGAAGGGAACACAGGUGCUGAAGUCUGGAGAAAAGUACCAGCUGAAGCAGAAAGAAUCUGUGAGUGAACUCCUGAUCAGCAAAGUAGUACCAGAGGACAGUGGAGACUACAGCUGUGUGUGUGGAGACCAGAAGACUACAGCCAGUCUCAAGAUUAAAGCCCAACUUGUGACCUUCAAACACAAACUGGAGAGCCAGGAGGCUGAGGAGGGGGGUAAUGUUACCCUGCAUUGUGAGCUCUCUAAACCUGGAGUCCCUGUGGAAUGGAGGAAGGGAACACAGGUGCUGAAGUCUGGAGAAAAGUACCAGCUGAAGCAGAAAGAAUCUGUGAGUGAACUCCUGAUCAGCAAAGUACUACCAGAGGACAGUGGAGACUACAGCUGUGUGUGUGGAGACCAGAAGACUACAGCCAGCCUCGAGAUUAAGGCCCAACCUGUUACAUUCAAACACAAGCUGGAGAGCCAGGAGGCUGAGGAGGGGGGCAGUGUUACCCUGCACUGUGAGCUCUCUAAACCUGGAGUCCCUGUGGAAUGGAGGAAGGGAACACAGGUGCUGAAGUCUGGAGAAAAGUACCAGCUGAAGCAGAACGAAUCUGUGAGUGAACUCCUGAUCAGCAAAGUACUACCAGAGGACAGUGGAGACUACAGCUGUGUGUGUGGAGACCAGAAGACUACAGCCAGUCUCAAAAUUAAGGCUCUCCCAGUCAUAUUCAAACAAGAUCUGCAGAGUCAGGAGGCUGAAGAGGGGGGCAGUGUUACCCUGCACUGUGAGCUCUCUAAACCUGGGGUCCCGGUGGAAUGGAGGAAGGGAACACAGGUGCUGAAGUCUGGAGAAAAGUACCAGAUGAAGCAGAAAGAUUGCCGUGUGGACCUCCAAGUCUGUGAUUUGAAACCCGAAGACACAGGAAGCUACCAGUGCAGGACUGGAGACACAGAGAGCUCAGCAUGCCUGAAAGUCAAUGCUGUCCCAGUCAUUUUCACUAAAGAGCUGCAGAGCCAACAGGCUGAGGAGGGGGGCAGUGUUACCCUGCACUGUGAGCUUUCUAAACCUGGAGUCCCUGUGGAAUGGAGGAAGGGGGAGGUGGGUCUUUGCCUCUGUGCCAAGUAUAACAUCAUCCAGGAAGGGCACAGCGCUAGGCUAAUCAUCCAAAACCUAGACCCAGAAGACUCAGGCAGCUACACCUGUGACAGUGGUGACCGGAAAACCACAGCACACCUUUCUGUGAAGGCCCUGCCCGUUUACUUCAAAACUCGACUACAGAAUCUAGAGUGGGACGCAGGUGAGAUCGCCAUCCUCCGCUGUGAGAUCACCAAGCCUGGGGCCAGCGUUGUCUGGAGCCGGGGCGACAGGGUCCUGAAGUCUAACAACAAGUAUCAGCUGAAACAGGAAGGGGCCAUUGUGAAGCUUAUCAUCUAUAGCCUACAAGGGGCUGACUCUGGGGAGUAUAUCUGUGACACAGGUUACCAGAAGACCACCUCCGUGCUCACUGUACAGGAGGUGGAGGUGACCAUAGUGAAGGUCUUGAACAGCUGUUCGGUGCACGAGGGGGAGGAUGUCCACUUUGAGUGCCAUCUGUCCCACGAUGACGCCAAGGAGGUCCAGUGGAAGCUUGCGGACGUCCCUCUGCAGAACAAUGAAAUGAACCUGAUCCGUGCCCAGGGCAAGGUGCACAGCCUCACCCUCAGGGGGGUCACCCAGGCCGACUCGGGCACAGUCACCUUCACCGUGGGUCACCAUACCUCCACCGCAAGCCUGACCGUCCGAGGGGCCCCUGUGGUGUUCAAGAAGGAGCUGGAGAGCCAGGAAGCAGUGGAGGGAGGCAGUGUUUCCCUGACCUGUGAGAUCAGUGCUGAUGGCAAGGUGACCUGGAGAAGGGGCUCCGUGCUCCUCACCCAGGGGGAGAAGUAUUCCAUGGAGCACACAGGUUCUACCUACAUCCUGAUGGUUCACAAGUUAAAGGUUGAAGAUGCUGGAGAGUACACCUGCGAUGCCGGGGAUAAGCAGAGCACAGCCACCCUGACAGUCAAAGAGUCUGUGCGCAUCACUCGGGAGCUGCACGACAUCACAGUGACCACCGGGCAGGAUGCUGUCUUUGCGUGUGAGUUGUCCCAGGAGGGCGUGACCAACGGAGAGUGGUGGCUGGGCGAUAACCUCCUCCAGAACAACGACCUGAACCAGAUGGCCUGCCAGGGCCGGGUACACCGGCUGACACUACAGAUGGUCACCCCCGAUGAAUCAGGGGACGUGGCGUUUGUGGUGGGCGAGGAGAAGACCGUUGCUUGCCUACUGGUGGAAGAGAAGCCCAAAGCCUUAAUCCUUGAGAAGCCUCACGAUACAGUGGCCUUGGAGGGCGAGACAGUCACCCUGUCCUGCACUGUCUCCGACCCCACGGCCACCGUCACCUGGAGCAGGAAUGAUGUGGCCAUCAAAGCAGGACUCAAGUACGACCUGCGGAAGAAUGGAGCUCUCCUGCAGCUGCGCAUCCACAACCUGGAGAUGGAGGACUCUGGAACUUACUGCUGCGAUACCGGGGAUGCACAGUGCACCGUCACCUUGAUUGUGGAAGGUGCCCCGGCAUUCUUUCAGAAGGAGCUGAAGAACCAGGAAGCCCAGGAGGGUGAUGAUAUCACUCUGCACUGUGAGCUCUCCAAGGCGGGCACUCACGUGGAGUGGAGGAAGGGAGGCGCAGUCCUCCAGGCUGGUAAGAAGUACGAGAUGAGGCAGGAGGGCUGCGUUCAGGAGCUCCACAUUCGCAACCUGGAGCCAGAGGACAACGGCUAUUACACCUGUGAUGCUGGAGACCAGCUCACCACGGCAUUAGUGGCAGUGCAAGAACCCACAGUAGAGGUGGUGAGUGAGAUGCAGGACCUCCGUGUGGCUGAGGACCAGCCGGCUGAGUUCAUCUGCCAGUACUCCCGGCCGGUCCAGGCCCAGUGGAAAAGAAACGGGCGGCCGUUGCAGCCUGACGGCAGGAGGGUGGUAGUGGAGCAGGACUGGACCGUGGCUCGCUUGUACAUUAGCCACGUGUCCACUGAGGACAGGGGGACGUACUCCUGUGAGGCAGAGGGGACCUGCGUGGUCGCCUCCCUGGAGGUGGAAGCCAAACCCAUUGAAAUCCUCCAGGGCCUGGAGAACAUGGACACCAUCGACGGCGGCGAGGCCCUGUUCGAGUGCUCGAUCUCUCGUUGCGAGAUCAAAGACAGCUGCUGGCUCAUUGACGGCAAGCCGGUGAAGGAUUCGCCAACCACUGAGAUUGUGUCCUUCGAGAGUGGCCGCCGCCACCUGCUGCUGCUAAAGGACCUGCACGUCGGGGACAACUGCAAAGUGACCUUCCAGGCGGGCACCGCAGCGACCUCCGCCAUGCUCAACGUCAAAGGCUGGCAGCUGGAUGUGGUGAGCGGUCUGGAGGAUAAGGUAGCUGUGGUGGGAGAGAAAGUAGAGUUCAGCUGCGUGCUGACCGAGCCUGUGCCUGAGGCGGAGGUAGCCUGGUACUCUAACGGAGCCGAGCUAAAGAAUGAUAACACCUGGGCCAUGCAGGCUGACGGUUGCUUCUACCAACUGGUGCUGAGACAGGCCUCAGCCAUGCCACCACAGGAGAUCACCUUUGCUGCCAGGGACGCCAUUUCCAUGGCCAAGCUCACUGUCAUCACCUUUCCAGAACCCCCGGAGGACCCAGAGCUGGUCAGUAAGCAUAAACAGGGGGUGACCCUGUCCUGGUUCACACCUCUCAGCGAUGGAGGCAGCCCCAUUCUGGGUUACAGGGUGGAGAUGAGGCUGGCGGACAGCGCCCUCUGGCUUCCGUGCCAUGCAGAGCCUGUGUGUAACACAGAGUUCUCUGUGGAUAACCUCAUCCCAGGGAGUGGCUACAGGUUCAGGGUGGCAGCCAUCAACAGAGCUGGGACUGGAGAACCAGUCCAGCUGCCUCAGACCGUUCAGCUGGAGGCUCCGAUCACAGUGACCCAGCAGUUGGCCUGUCCAGGUUUGCAGGAGGGUAAGAUGGCCCGUGUAGAGUGCCAGCUCUCUGCUGAGGGCAGCUCGGUCACCUGGCUUAGAGACAACAAGGAGCUGGAGUUUGGGCUCAAAUACCAGGUCACCAUCGAGGGCAAGACACAAGUGCUGCUGAUCAAAGACUUUGAGUCUGCUGACCAGGGCGUGUACACCUGUGUAGCCUCAGACGAGGCAGAAAGCUCCAUUAAUCUCAAUUUACCAACAGGUGGAGAUGGGGUUGAGAUGGAGGGGGCCCAGCCCAGCCUGCCUCCUGAGGCUGCCUCCGAGGGUGAUGUCCACGCGCUGUGGGAGGCCCUGGCCAAGAAACGCCGCAUGAGCCGAGAGCCCACCCUCGACUCCAUCUCUGAGCUGCCUGAUGAGGAGGACAAGGAGCCCAAAACACCCAAGGAGCCAGUCAAGGAGAAGAAAUCCCCAGAGAAGGUGAACGAAAAGGAGAAGGUUGUGGAGCCUGUCAUCAUCGCAAAGAAGGAGUUGGAUACAAAUCUACACACCAGCUCUGAGGAUGAGUCCAGGGUUCCAACACUGGCAUCCUACCUGAAGAAGAGCAGCAAGUCCUCCCUCUCUGCAUCCAACCAGACAGAGUCCAUCUCAACUGAGAAGUUCUAUGCACAGACCUCAGUGCAACAGACCUCAGUGCAACAGACCACAGUCCUACAGACCUCAUCUUCAGGGCAGCAGAUCACAGCACAGACCACAGAGAUCACUGGGUGUGGAAAUGAGGAGGAUGAAGAAAAGGGUCUGCUGGAUGCUGCUGUCAAGAUCCAGGCUGCGUUCAAGGGCUACAAGUCCUGCAAGGACAUGUGUCCAGUCUUCAAGGACGUCUUCAAGGACCAGACCAAGGAGCCCAAUGGCACCAUCCACCUGGAGUGUGUGGUUGAGGGAAAGCCCGACAAGGUGCGCUGGCUGAAGGACGGCGAGCCCCUUGUGGACAGCAAACACCACCACAUCGACAUCUACAAUGAUGGCACCUGCUCUCUGGUAAUCACCGCCGUUACCACCAAGGACACGGGCAUCUACACAUGUGAGGUCACCAACAAGUUCGGCGUGACCAUCCACAGCGGCAAGGUGACAGUAGGCUCGGCACGGGAGGCAUCUGGAAGGAGGCCCCUGACCAUGGGCUACAGCGCCGACAGCGAGGCGGAGAGCUCGUCUGCAGAAAGCGAGAUGGACGAGUCUUUGAGGCAGGCCAGCAAACGGCUGCGCCGCCUCCUCCGCACACGGCUGCCGGCCACGUCGGAGGAGGAGUCGUUCGUCAGCUGUGAUGAUGAGGCUGAGCUGAAGGCCCCCGAGCCCAAAUCGUACCACGAGGACGAGCGUUACCUCUACAUCCGCUUUGACACGCGGUCUGAGGCCCAGGUGGCGUCGCUGCACUUUCAGGAGAUGUUCACGGCCCAGGGGAUGCCUGUGGAGACCACCAUCCAGGAGGCUGGACCUCUCAAAGUGGAGCUGCGCAUCAUGAAGAUGGGAUACACCCAAGAUGGCUCUGCAACACCCGCACAGGAGAAGCAGCUGCCCGCGUUCAUGACAGGAGCCCCCGCGGCCCCAGUCUUCCUGACCGAAAUCCAGAGCCAGGACGUGCCUGAAGGUUACCCGGUCAGCUUUGACUGCGUGGUGAUCGGAAAGCCUACACCCAGCAUGCGUUGGUUCAAGGACGGGAAGCUCCUGGAGGAGAAUGACCACUACAUGAUCAACGAGGAACACGAGGGCUGCCAUCAGCUCAUCAUCACCACCGUGCUGCCUUCUGACAUGGGUGUCUACCGCUGCAUGGCCGAGAACACCAGUGGCAUCGCUGCCACUAAGGCUGAGCUCAGGGUUGACAUGUCUUGCAGCUCAGACUACGAUACUGCAGCUGAUGCCACUGAGACAGGCUCCUACAUCAGCGCCAAGGGCUACAUGUCUAGGGAAACUGAAGCGUUUGAGUCUAUGGCAGAGGAUGAGCAGAUACCACAAGUACUGGAUGAGCUCCAUGAUGUGCACGUCAGCCCAGGCUCACCCAUCGCUAAGAUGCAGCUGAAAGUCAAAGGUUUCCCCGCGCCCAGAGUGUACUGGUUCAAGGACGGUAUCCCACUGCGUUCCUCAGACAGGAUCCUGCUGCUGGACAAGAGAGACGUCCACAGUCUGGAGGUCCUGGAGGUGAAGAGGGAGGAUGCAGGAGAGUACUCUGCCUACAUCAGCAACGCUGCUGGAUCAGCAUACUCCUCUGCUAGGAUACUGGUUCUGGGUCCAGGAGAGCUCACACCUGUAGAAGAACACGAUCCCAAGGUGCCUCUGGUGCCGCCACGGUUCCUGGAGAAGUUUAGCAACAGGAAGGUGAAACAGGGAGCCAGUGUCACCCUGUCAGUCAGAGUGGAAGGUUCUCCCAUCCCCAUGGUGACGUGGCUGAAAGAGGAGUCUGCUGAGGACGUGUUGUGGAUCAAGCCUGACACUAAGGGAUAUAAGGUGGCCAGGUCUGGGCGCCAACACAGCCUCAUCCUCAUGGAUGCGGGUUCUGAGCACGCCGGCACCUACACCUGCAUUGCCACCAACAGGGCCGGCCAGUCCAUCUGCACUGCCCACUUUGAGGUAGAGGAUGCGCCACGGCCAAAGGAAGAGACCACAAUCCCUCUGGGUAUUACUAUCAGCCCUCCAGUGGAGGAUGCUGGCAGAAGAAUGCCUUAUCUAGGUGAAGUUGGAACAGAAGAGUUUCUUAUGAAACUCACCUCUCAGAUCACAGAGAUGGUAUCUGCCAAGAUCAGCCAAGACAGCGCACAGAACCAUCAAGUGCUCCAGUGGAUUGAAGCAUGGCCCAAAGCCUCCACCUCACUACGUGUCCCGGGAGGCGAUAGCGACGAUGAGACCAAAACACCCUCCGCCUCGCCCCAUCACGGCCGCUCUCGCCCCAGCUCCAUUCUCGCAGACUCCUCCUCUGAGUCUGACGACCCUGAUGCCAGGGGAGAGAUGUUUGACAUCUAUGUGGCUACGGCUGACUACAACCCCACCAUCCCCAACAAAGAGACCAUUUCCCUGAAGGAGGGCCAGUAUGUGGAGGUUCUGGACUCGGCACAUCCACUCAAAUGGCUGGUCCGGACCAAACCAACCAAAACCACCCCAUCCCGCCAGGGCUGGGUGUCACCUGCCUACCUGGACAAGAAACUCAAGCUGUCUGCUGAUGCUGGUGAUGUCCCAGAGACAGGUGGAGAAGAGGUCUCAGAAGGAGAGUACAAAAGAAGACUACUCCAACUGAUCCAGGACAUGAUCAACAGCGAGGCAGAGUUUGUCAAAGAGAUGGACUUCUUCACCUCGCACCACGUCAAGCAGGUGGAGAGCCCUGACGCCCCAUCUGACGUCACCAGCCAGAAGGAGGCCAUCUUCAGGAACAUCCACGAGAUCAAGGCCUUCCAUAGCGAGUUCAUGUUCCCUAAGUUGCGCGAGUGCGACACUGAUGACGACGUGGCCAUGCGCUUCCUGAGGAGCGGGGAGGGCUUUGAGAAAUACCUCCAGUACCUCGUAGGCCAGCAAAAGGCAGAGGCCGCUAUCAGUGACAAGACCGUACACCACUUCUUCAAGAAGUACACAGACAAACAGCAGGCCAGUGCCGACCCUGCUGAAGGGCCUGUAUUGAGCAUUAAUGCCUACCUACAGAAACCCCUGGACAGAAUCCAGAAGUACAAGGCCUCGCUCAAGGAGCUGAUCAGGAACAAGGCCCGGAACGGUCAGAACUGCUGCCUGCUGGAGGAGGCCUAUGCCAUGGUUUCAUCACUGCCUCAGCGUUCAGAGAACACACACCACGUCUCCAUGAUAGAGAACUACCCUGCCACUCUGGAUGUAUUGGGGGAGCCCAUCAGACAGGGACCCUUCAUGAUGUGGGAGGGUGCACCUGGGGUAAGGUCCUCCUCCAGAGGCCACCGUCGACACGCGUUCCUCUUCAAAAACUAUGUCGUCAUCUGCAAAUCCAAGAGAGACUCCAACACAGACACCCAGGGCUACGUCUUUAAGAACAUGAUGAAGCUGAACAACAUAGACGUGAAUGAGACAGUGGAGGGUGACGACCGGGCCUUUGAGAUCUGGCACGAGCGCGAGGACUCUGUCAGGAAGUACACGCUUCAGGCUCGCACCGUCAUCAUCAAGAACUCCUGGCUGCGAGACCUCAGGGACCUGCAGCAGCGCUAUACCAUGCCCGGCUGGAGUAUGCCUGACUUUGAUGAGCUUCUGGCUGACUGCACAGUGGAGCUGGGACAGACAGUGAAACUGGCCUGCAAGGUUACUGGAGUACCCAAACCUGUGGUCACCUGGUACAAGGAUGGGCAUGCAGUGGAGGCCGACCCUCACCACAUCAUCAUCGAGGACCCUGACGGUUCCUGCACCCUGAUCCUGGACAACAUGACAGCGGAUGACUCUGGACAGUACAUGUGCUUCGCCACUAGCACCGCAGGCAACGCCAGCACCCUGGGGAAGAUCACUGUCCAAGUGCCUCCUCGUUUUGUGAACAAGAUGAGGAAUGCUGUCUUUACCAUUGGUGAGGAUGCUCAGUUCUCCUGCACCAUCCAGAGCGCUCCCAGCCCCAAGAUCAGGUGGUUCAAGGAAGGCAGGUUGCUGACUGACCAGGAGAAGUAUCAGACCUACAGUGAGUCCCGUAGUGGAGUACUGGUCCUAGUCAUUAAAGGCCCUACGGAGAGAGACCUGGGACAUUACGAAUGUGAGUUGUCUAAUCGACUGGGCAGUGCUAGGUGUGCAGCUGAUCUGUGCCUUCCUUCUGCUGUGACUAGGAGAGGAGAGCAGGCGAUCACCAUCGAAGUCACCGAGCAGGAGACUAAAAUACCAAAGAAAACCAUCAUCAUAGAGGAGACCAUAACCACGGUGGUGAAGAACACCCGUAUGAAGCGCCGUGGCCUGUCUCCAUCUGGGUUCAACCGCUCCCAAACCUCCACCCCAGAUCACCAGACCACCCCCGCGGCCAGGCAGAGGAGGCAGGCUUCCACCAACAGGAAGACCACCAUCCCCACCCUGUACGUCACGGAGCCCGAGGGGGCCGCAGGGGCCCGGGCUGCGGAGAACAAGUGGGUGGAGGUAGAGGAAAUCAUUGAGUACAAGGUCAACAAGUCGCCCAGGCCCUCCAGGAGAGGUGUCUCCCCAGCCGGGUCGGAGCGGGCACACACCCCCUCCUCCACCCGGCCACAGAGGUUCGCAAACCCUAACGCCAACAACUCCAACAACAACCUUGUAGAACUGCAGAACCACUCCGAGCUACAGGGGGCACAGCCUCUGUACUGGGACGAUGAGGAGGAGGAUGAUGACUUGGCUGUGGAUGGGUCCGAGGUCGCCCCUGGAAUCAGUGGAGAGGCCUACGAGGUCUCCUCGCUUCUAAUUCCUAACGACCAUGAACACGAAGAGGACGAGGCCUGGCUAGAAGAGCAGCAAGAGGCUUUCAUCACAGAACCGGAUGAUGAUGACAACACACCCAGAAGGCUGGAGCCUAAAAUCCUGACCGAGGGCAGUCGCGUUCUCACCCUGGAGGACCUGGAGGACUACGUCCCCAAGGAGGGGGAGACCUACGGCUCCUCCAACACCCGUUCAUCACCUCCCGAGAGGCCCUGCGAGAUCUCAGUGCUCCAGAGGGAGAUUGGGGGCUCUGCUGUGGGCCAGCCGGUGCUGCUCAACGUAGGGAGGCCUGUGGGGAUGCCUAGGGAGAGGCCCAGGCCGGGCUUCUUCAGCCGCUUUAGAGAUCACCUCUCAGGAAGCAUGUUCUCCCCGGCCGGCCCCCACCACAACUACAACCACCACCCCAGCGGAGGUCAGUCCAGGAGGGAGAUUCCCAUCCAGGUCAGCCACGCCAAGCUAGAGGUCAAGCCGUUGUACUGCUCUGAGGUGCAGAGAGUGGAGGGAGUGCAGCAGAGCUACAAAACUAAAGUCUACACGUCAGUGGGCAAGUCAGUCACUCUUCAGAUUAGCAAGAAUAAUCCAUAUCAAAACCAAUAAUUUAGUGUGUGAAAAUAAGUAGCUGGAUUAGAACCAAGCAGAUUGUUGUUAUUCUGUGAUACGUACAAUAGCCCUUUUAGUCUUAAAUGGGAACCUUUCUAGUUAAGUGUUAAAAAGCAUAUUCUAACAUUGCAUUUUACUGCAAAUGGCGAAUCAUUCCAUUUUCAAGCAACCCGGCUAAAAGUAAAAUGCAGACACAGGAAGUCAGUCGUUUGGUCAGACAGAAAGUGGACUUUAAAGGACAAACAUCCAAAGGGGUUGGAUAUGUUUAGGCUAAAUGAUUUCCGAACGUCAUUGUAUACUAUCCAGCCUUCAAUUUAUUGCUGCCUUUCUUGCCACAAAUUUGAUGUACUGAAAAAUACAAUAAUUAUGAGUUGUUGUGACAUGGACUGACACUAUUUUCAAGUUCAAAACUCCAUCUGCUUUACCCUUGGGCGACAGAUGUUUAUAAUUUUAGCUCCUUGAUGUUAAACUUCUGUCCUGUAGGAGAACAUCAGUGUACAGCACUUUACACUAAGUGUACAAAACAUUAGGAACACCUUCCUAAUGUUGAGUUGCACCCCGUUUUGCCCUCAGAACAGCUUCAAUUUGUCGGGGCAUGGACUCUACACGG